CCGCAGCCCGGACCCCGCGCCCCGGUCCCCCCUGGUUAUUCUCGGACCGGUGGCGGCAGGCGGGGCGACAGUCGCCCGCGUGACGCGCAACGAAUAACACGCGCGGACCCAAAAACAAACGUAAACAGCACUCCGAGCGGUGCAUUCACUGACGGACCUCCAGCGGGAAAUAUAUUACAAUAAAUAUAUACACAUAGAUAUAUAUUUAUAUACAUUACGACAAAAGCAGCUUUAAAAAAGGAACAACUCUAUAUGAUAUAGUGAUAAAAGGAGUAAAAGAAAGAGAGGAAGAGUGAGGAGAGUCUCCAUCUCCAUAUAGAGCCGACUGAUAAAGUGACAGUCGCUAAGGUGGCGUCGAUAACGACCCGCGUGGAAUGCGCUGGCGCGGAGUAUAGCGCGCGUCCACGAGCAGACAGCGCCGUGCCGCCCUCCGAGCACGCCAUGGCCACCGACACCGGCGGCGCGGGCGAGCAACAAUACUCGCUAAGAUGGAACGACUUCCACUCGGCGAUGGUGUCGUCGUUCCGGCGUUUAAGAGACGAGGAAGACUUUGUUGAUGUCACACUGGCCUGCGCCGGGGCUACAUUCACCGCACACAAGGUGGUAUUGUCAGCCUGCAGUCCAUAUUUUAGAAGAUUAUUAAAGGCGAAUCCCUGUCAGCAUCCGAUCGUUAUUCUAAGGGAUGUUCACGAUAAAGACAUGGAAAGUUUACUAAGGUUUAUGUACCAGGGGGAAGUUCACAUUGGACAAGAGCAACUAAAAGAGUUCCUAAGGGCCGCCCAGCUUUUGCAGGUCAGAGGCUUAACAGACGUUCCUCCUCCGGUUCCAACACUCGACCAGAAAGCGUCGCCGUCACACUCAGUCAUUCAUCACAUUCAGUCCGCGUCUUCAUGGACGGAGACGGGCAGCGGAGGGUCUCGUGAGGGUCGCGAGGGUCGGGAAGGUCCUGGAACAGUCGGCCGAGAAGGUAGACGAGCCCGGCGACCAGACGACGCACCCGCCACUCCACCGCCCAAGAGAGCCCGUUCAUCUGACCUGUACCAGGCACAAAUGAAAACCAGGUGUAGGACGGAGCAACUCUUGGCCCAGGGCAGUCCCGAGCGUCUCGCUGCCAACGGACAUGAGCUGGCGCUUUUCGGUCACGCGCUCGACAACGCACACCAUCCUCAUCUCUCCAACGUAUCCAACAAUCUGUCUGGUGACGGCGAGGAUUCCUCUUCUGACGCAGGCGCGAGUGACGCCGAAGGUGAAAACAGAGCGAAACAGGAACCGAUAGAUUAUGACGACCCCGCGACCAUGGCCAACACUAACGGUGCACUCCCACAUAACUUUCCAGGACUCUUGAACCUACCAGGAUUCCCGGGUCUUCCAGGCCCGUCGGGAAUACCGGAUAAUUUCGGUGGAUGUCGCCGUACCCAGGAUCUGCUGCGCGUCAGAGCGACUGAUCCUAGGCCCUGUCCAAAAUGCGGAAAAAUAUACAGAUCAGCGCACACGUUGAGAACACAUCUUGAAGAUAAACACACUGUGUGUCCCGGAUACCGAUGCGUGCUCUGCGGCACGGUGGCUAAGUCCAGGAACUCUCUACACUCUCAUAUGUCACGCCAACAUCGCGGCAUAUCUACCAAGGAUCUGCCCGUGUUGCAAAUGCCCACACGCUUCGAUCCCGAGCUGGCUAGCCAACUUCUAGCUAAGGCUGGUGUAAAGGUUUCCCCCGAACAACUCCGUGCCCGCGCAUCUCCUACGGGCGCUCGUCGGUGCGACAUGAAGCUGGACGCCAAGUCGGCGGCCUCCGAGAACAGCUCCCUGUGCGGAGACAACGACGACGACCUCUCGCAGUCCAAGUACCAAGACACGCUACCGCAUUCACCACCGCAUAUAAACAGCUUGGCGAACACGACAAUAACAAAAGUACCCGCGGUGCGAGCCGUUACCGCCAAAACAGUGGAGAACAUGCCGCAUGGACUCUCUGGUAUGAAACACGACGACUACCCGCCAGGCUUCGGAGGAGGGUCAGCUAUACUGGACACGUACCUUCAGUACAUCGGAGAGAAUGUUUUUGGAAUGAACGCAGCCAAGUUACAACAGAUGAACGCCAUACACAUGGAUAGGAAGACGUACGACGAACCGUCCCCACAGAUGGGCUCUCUGCCGCCACCGCCGACGACUCUAGCGCACCAGCGCUUCCUCAAACAGAUGCAGCGCCAGUAUACCGACAACAUGGCCAAGCCGGACAUCACGCGCGACCCGGACGAGCCCCUCGACCUGGGCAAGGAGCGCCAGCGAGCGGAGAGCGCCGGCGACGACAACGACAAAGACUCGCUGGACAAAGACUCGGGCGACUUCUACAGCAAGAACUACGAGGAGGAACGCCGCGGCGAGGACCAGCGCUCGGGCUCCCAGCAUCAACACCAGACCGAGCGCGAGUACGCCGAGGACGACAACAAGGCCUCAUGAAAAGCGUCAGGGGCCGCGCCUAGCUUAGUGUUCGAGGGAAACCGAUGCGACAUACGUUGAUGGUUCUUCAACCGGUGCUUGAGUGUUAUGUUAUGUCUUUAGCUGAUUCGUUUCAAACGGUUUUAUUGUUGACCCGUGGAAUAUCGUUGGUGCCAUUGACCGAUGUAAAGUAUAUUUAAGGUUAAGUAUCGUCCGGGUCGGGUCUGAGUCGGGCGCCGUCUUCGGAAGACGCCGCUCCAUACAUAGAACCCUCUAGGAGUCCCGACACGUCGAACCGAAGUCCUAGCGAGAGCCGCGUACACGUUAGUUUACCGUCGACUCGUCACUCGUGAGAUCGUUUAGUAGUAUGUAACUAGCGAGUAGUAUCUUUUUAUUGUAUGUGUAAGGUCCCUGACACGGAGUAGGGCCUCUUACAUAGUCAAUCCAUCCAGCUACCUCAACAUUCGGGCCAACAAGGCGACGUUAUUAAUAAAAAUCCACACAAAUUGUGAAAUUCCAUCCAUCUACCUCACUUCAAUAGAUUUUAUUUAAUAUUUUAUACAAUUUAUAGAUAUAAUAACUGUUGUUUUAUGCAUUUUGCAGAUUGCAUUUAUAUAUACUAUAUAGAGUAUAUCGUAGGUAAAUAUUAUUGUGCAAGUCAUCGAGCGACGUAGCGCUGCCCCUAGAUAAUGUCUUUACCUUUUAUUUUUAUAGAUAGCGCACUCACUAGAGAAGAAUUAGACUGUCACUACUGUAGGGGUAAAAUAUUAACAUGUAUCGAUAAUCGGUAUGCACCUAUAUUUAGGAGGAUAAAGUAAAAUUAAAUAAAUAAAAAAAAAACAAAAUAUCUUUGUAUACGAACAAAUUUAACAGAGCUUAAACCUAUAAAUAUUUAUGGAUGUGCGUUUAAGAAUCUCGGAUUUUAUAUAUCGUUUUGAAAGGAGCGAUGAUAAUUUUAUAAAUAAAAGAUUCAUUUUAAAAUUCAAACAUCUACUGCCUUGAGACUGAAUAUAAAUUUUCAAGGAUAGGUAUAAAGAUCGCGAUUUCAGAGAUCGCGAAGUAAAGUUCAAUUCGCGAGUGUUAUCGAUCGUAAAGAUACAUUGUAUAUAAAAUGAACAUUUGGUGAUAUGUAAAGUACAUAAUGAUAAACAAAAAGAAACAGAAGCAAUAAAUAAAGUAUACCUUGAUGUUGCCUUCGGAGUGUAUAUAAGGUGCGUUAGAACUGAUUGUGGUCGCGGUAGACCUGUGCAGGGCGAGGGCUCGGUAGAAAGAGACGGCGGUCGUUACUCGAAUAACAAAUACUGUGAUUACAAUCUCAAAUUAGCCUUCGAUAAUUAUACAUAUUUUUUAGAGUACAAUGUUAUAGUUAUUUAGUGUAUGGUAAGAUAUAUCGUAAGCGAGUCACAAAAAAUAUUUACUUCCCGAAACUUAGAUUUCACUUUAUUUAAGUAUUUAGAGCAAUAGGUGGAGCAUUUAAAGUUUUUUAUGCGAGACGGUUAUGGAAGAUUCUUGAAUGCGUUUGUCGUCGAUGGACAUGUAAUAUUAAGUACGGGUUGUUUGAUAUUAUAUCAAUAUUCAAUGCUGUGUGGUAGGUUACGUCACCGCGUUGACAGUUAACGGUGUUGCCAUAGUAAAUAAUUAUUAAUUUUUGAUUGUACAUAAGUUUUGAUUGUUUAGAGAGAGAUGUGUGCUUAUUUUUGUCAUUAUGUUAUAUAAGAAUAACUUCUUUAUUUAGAUUAUAAACCGAUACAUAGAAGUUGAAGCACGGUACACUUUACAAUAGUCAGUUACCAGAAUGUGAUUAAGAAAUAUAUAUUUUUUCAGGACACGAUUUUGCAUACCACGAUAUUAAUAGAGAGGGUGUCGCUAAGGUUACUUCAUGGCACAAUUUAAAAUUUUCUAUGACGUUGAGACUAAUAUAAAAUGAAAGCACAAAUAAGUUUAAUACAUAUAUUGUUUCCACCACACUAUUCUUGUUAUGACGCUGAUGCAUGUGCCGUAGCGGCGCCCCGAUGUUGUUGUUUAUACUAUAUUAUAUACCAGUGAAGAUAUUAUCGUACUUAGGACUAUAAGUCGUUCAUUACGCUCUUAGUAUUGUGUAAAAAGUAUGUUUAGUUACCUUUUGAACUUUCAAAGUUCUUUAUUAGCGCCUCAUCUAUAUUUUAGUCACCCGACUAUACCUCAUUAGACACUUAAGAUUAUUUCGCUCUUUCUAGACAUUACGUGACACGUCCGCCGUUUAUUCUCAUAAAUGAAUCGACCCCUUCUUAAUGUGGGGAUAGAUCAUUUUCAGGACUAUUCUCUUUGAUUCUCAAAUAUCUAAUUGUUUAUUAAAUUUUGUAAUUAUUUUGACUUUUAAACCAUGUUAUUUCUUAGUGUCCGUAUAUUUACUGUAAUGCACAAUUCGUUUUAUUGAAAUGUUCGUAUUAGUUGUUAGCUGGUUUAAUUUUUUUUUAUAUGAGACUAUAUACUAUUCAUAUACCUCCUAUUUUGAAUCUAAACAGUAAAAUAAUCAAGUGAAAAUAAUAAAAAUGAAAAACACAUUUUCCUGUGUCGUUAGAAAUAUAUUAUUUAUAUUGUAACUGUAUCCAUUUAUUUAAAUAAUUGUUAUAUUAUAAGACGUCAUCGACGGUGUUGCCACGUUUUCAAAUUAAAUUGCUACUAUUAUGAUAUUAUUUUUAUCGAUAAUUUUUUUAAAGCAGAUUAUAAUUAUAAUUUUUAUUUUCCACGAUCGAAACGCCUUCGCUGUGUACUUUAGUGUACUAGUUGUAUGCUUCACUACAUUAUAAACGAGAUAAUAAAAAAAUAAUUGUUUCAA